UCGUUAGGGGUGACCCACAUCUGAACACAUUUGAUGGAUACAAAUACAACUUUAAUGGAUUCUGUUCUUAUGUACUAACGAAAUCAUGUGAUACAACCAUCCCAAAAUUCCAAAUCAACGCUGAUUUCCGGAGUACAAAUCCUAAUACUCCUUACGAACCUCCAACCAGAAUGGUGGCAUUUGACGUGUACAAUUAUGGAAAAUUGGUUGUUCGCAUUAAUCACGAUAACUCAAUUUUGAUAAAUGGAAAGCGUAUGGUUGGUAAUUACACUGUUAUAGGUAAUACGCAAGGAACAGUGACACAUACCGGACCUAAGAUAUCAGUGGAAUUGACCCGGCCGGCUGUAUCCUUGAAUUGGGACAGAAAUCUGCAUGGCAUAACAAUUGAGUUUGAAGAUGAUGAGUUGUAUGGAAAGGUGUGUGGGCUACUUGGCGAUGCUGAUGGAGACCCAAACAACGACUUUGUGAUGUCUGAUGGGACACGUACAUUGGAUUCCAAUGAAUUUGGAAAUAGCUGGAUGGUUCCUGGCAGUUGUCCCAUAUAACUAACAAAUUGAGGAGUUUAUCAGCGAUACUGAACAAGACUGACGACUGGAGAACUCGAUGAGAAAAAGUAGAAUUAUAUUUAUCUGUUCGUAUUAGUCAGGCAUGUUUUAAAACUAUACAAUCUGCAUAUUUUGUUUUUGUAGUUGCAAUAGUAUGUAGUAUGUUUAUAAACAUACGCUCGACCCUUUCCCCAUAGCUGAAAUAAAAUUGAUAUACACGCAGUAAAAUAGUACUGUGUUAUACAUUUAGUUACUGGACAAGACUGAAAACUUAAGAACUCGAAAACAAAAAUAGAAUUAUAUUUAUCUGUUCAUAUUAGUCAUGCAUGUUAUAAAACUAUACAAUCUGCGGCCUUUUUUGGAAGUUUCAAUAAACACUAUCCCCAUAGUUAAAAUAAAAUUGAUAUACAUGCAGAAAA